AUGUUAUCUACCGAAGAACUUCAACACACACACUGUUUAUUGAAUACUUUGUCAUCAUCUUCAUUAACCACCAACACACAUGCAACAACAUAUCGUCCAUUUGAACCAUUACCUCACACUUCUUAUUUCAUAAAUCGCACAACACCUGAUUCCAUUUUAUCUGAACUUAUUCGCACGGCUACAACAACGUCGGAAUUUACUCUCGAUACCGAAUCCGAUCAAGUCUACAAACAAACCAAUCGACCUACACUUAUUCAAUUACAACUUUUACUCCCAAAUGAUUUUUCUAUCGCUCUUAUCGUCGAAAUGUGUCAUUUACCGCGGGAUGAUCAUCCAAAAUUUCCAUUAAUACAAGAAUUAUUUCGUCGUACAUUUUCGUCGGAUAAACUCGUCUACAUUUGGGGUACAAACAAUGAAUUAUCGCCUUUCGUUAUAUUCAACUUAUUCACAAUCGAACAAAUCAAUACUUUUCACGAAAUCAAUUUACAAAAGGAAUUUAAACUUUUUUGGACACAACAUCAUCCUCAUUCUUCAUCGUCAUCAUGUAUAUGUGAAAACUGUAUUGGCAAAUUAUCGUCCGAACCAUGGUCGCUCCAGGAUUCAAUCGUCUACGCUCUACACGAAUAUCUUUCAAAAACGCUACGCAACAACACUUUCAGUAUUGGUCUUGAUCCACAACUUUUUCAUCACACUGUGAUUGAACAACGUCAUCGUUCAGAACUUGCUGCUUAUGCUCUUUCUGAUUGCUUAUCAAUGCAACGUCUUAUAAUUCAUAUGAAAAAUCAACACUAUUUAUUUCCAUCAUUCGUAUGCACAUCACUGGCAGCCGAUAUUCUAGAGUUGCAUCCAACAUCACCCCUCGAUGCUUCUCUUUCGUCACCUCGUGCAUCACCAACACCUGCAGACUCCAUUCCUGUGCCUGCUUCCACUGGUUUACCAACUACCACCGAUUCUAUAGUUUCUUCACCACCUCGUGAACGUUCUGAUCUAUCCGCUGCUGCUCGUCGUGUUAUUCACAAUCGCAGUUGUACUUUAAAACAACGUGCGCGACGCAAUACAGUUACAAUUAUUAAACGCAAUAUCGAUCGACGCUUUCGAAUACAUCAUAUUAAAUUUAUUUUAUCUGCACUGGAUAUUCCAUAUUCCGCUGUUCUCGCACCUAUUUCUCGUAUUACUCACAAACGUUCUCUCUAUAUCGGUUUUACUGCAGAUACUUGUUUACGUACAUAUGAACGUCGCAUUCGAAAUUUAUUCACUCCGAAACAUUAUUCUCAAUUUCGCACGAAUAAUUUUCUACAUUUUCGCCCUCGCCAUUCUUCAUCUCGUUAA